AUGAACUGGAAAAAGCAGUUCAAAUUUUCUUCCUUACAGCCGCACAUGGAGGAGUCGGGCCUUCGCUUUCUGCAGGUGCAGAGAGCGGCCGUCGCCGACCCAGCACGAGCCUCCGAGUGGGCUGGAAAGAAACUCUGCUGGGUACCUCAUGAGAAGGACGGUUUCGUGGCCGGAUCCAUCAAAAAAGAAACGAACGAUGAGGUAAUCGUCGAAAUUUGCGAUACCGGUAAGACGGUCACGAUCAGUAAAGAUGACGUCCAGAAAGCCAAUCCUCCCAAAUUUGACAAGGUGGAGGAUAUGUCCGAAUUAACAUACCUUAACGAGGCGUCCGUCCUGCACAAUCUCAAGGAGCGUUACUUUAGUUCUCUUAUUUAUACGUAUUCGGGUCUUUUCUGCGUGGUGAUCAAUCCAUACAAACGACUGCCCAUUUAUUCGGAAAGUUUAAUUGAAGAAUUCAAAGGGAAAAAGAGGCACGAAAUGCCACCUCACAUAUUCGCCAUUGCCGAUUCGGCAUAUCGUUCAAUGCUUCAAGAUCGCGAAGACCAAUCUAUUCUUUGCACGAAUGAACGAAAAAUUACUGAAAUUCAGGGGAGAAUCUGGUGCUGGAAAGACCGAGAACACUACACAAAGAAGGUCAUUCAGUACUUAGCUCAUGUAGCCGGUGCAACUCGAUCAAAAGGAGGACCACAAGCAGCCGCUUCACCUGCAAAAGGUGAAUUAGAACAUCAACUAUUACAAGCGAAUCCUAUUUUGGAAGCAUUCGGUAACAGUAAAACCGUGAAGAAUGACAAUUCGUCACGUUUUGGUAAAUUCAUUCGCAUCAAUUUCGAUAUGUCCGGGUAUAUAUCAGGAGCGAAUAUUGAAUUUUAUUUGCUUGAAAAAUCCCGAACCCUACGACAAGCACCAGAGGAACGAAGUUUUCACGUUUUCUACCAGUUUUUGCGUGGUUCAACCCCUGCCGAAAAAGGUACGGUCUGUCCCAUGGUUUUUUUUUGGAUGUAG